ACCGCAGCUUCCCUGACGUUACCGUCCGUCUGUCGCAGUCAUUCAUGUGAUUCAUUUACAGCACGCUCAGCUGUAACAUGAACUUCACUUCCUGCAGUCCGAGCAUCCUUCAGAGAGAGCUGAGCACACCUGGACCGCUGACACACCUGCGGCCCUCUCACAGCCUCAUCAGCACAUCAUCACCGUAAACAACAAACUGAAGGAGAACUCUGACGCUUCGACCUUCGACCUUCAUCCUCUCCUCCAAAUAUUUUCACUUCUGUCCAGCUGAACGAUCUUCUAAUAACCGGCAGAGACACACAACUUUAAAACACAAACAUUUAGACGAAUCAAAACUGAAACUAAACAGAUAAACCAUGAAGAUCUACUUUAAACUCUGUCCUCCUGUCCUGAAUCGACUGAAACAGGAAGUGCUGCAGUCGACUGUCCUCCAAAACUCUUCGAAUGAGUGUUUCAUGUAAAUGGACUGGAGGAUUUGGGUCAGAAUCAUUGUUGAUGUUUUGGGCGGACAGUGACGUCACUCGCUGUCCGGUUCAGAUCUGCUCCUGAUUCUCUUUUCUCCUCUCUUGUCACAGAUCGUCUUCAGAAAGAUCAGUGACGUGAAGCGGGAGGAGGAAGAGAUGUUGAAGAGGAGGAAUGAAGCUCCUCUCAACCUCCCGCCGGAUCAUCCCGUCAGACGGCUCUUUCAGCGUUUCCGGCAGCAGAGGGAGGCUCGCCUCGCCUCAGAGCGAGGUCUGCAGAGCGCCGGUGACGUGGAGAAAGGGGUCACACACCAGGAGCAGGCCAGAGGUCCGGAGGUCCUGGCCUCUACCAGUAUUGUCAUGGUGACAGAGAGCCCGGCCACACCCCCCACCUCAUCAUCCACCGCCACCGCCUCUUCAUCCCGAACCUCCAGCCGAGUCAUGCUACAUGCUCCCACCACCCAAAACGGAAAUUUGAUCGGGUGCAAAUCAGCUGAGCCGCCAAAGGCGAAAGGCUGGGGACAUUUCAAGGAGUCGGUCAUAAAGGCCGAAUCGUGGAGCAGCGUCUCCAAGGCGGAGUCCAUGGAGACGCUGCCUGAUAGGACUAAGUCUCAGGACGAGGUGUCUCUAAAGAAAACAGACUCCUGUGACAGCGGCAUCACGAAGAGCGACCUCCGUUUGGACAAUGUGGGUGGAGCCAGAACUCCGCAAGAGCAAAGCCCCGUCCAGUCUGAGGAGAAGAGGGUCUUCUGUCCGAUUCCAGAGCAGAGCAUCCAAGCCUCGUUCCUGGAGCUGAAACAAGAGCUGAGAGGAGACAUCAGAUCUUUGAACGGUCGCAUGGCAGCGCUGGAAGCUCAGCUGGCUGAGAUGCUGCGACUCCUCAAAUCCAGGAAAUCCUCCGGAUCCUUCUUUGAGAUCUCACGGCCCCCUUCCCCUGACUCUGACAAGGACAGCUUCUCUUAAACUGGACCUGGAGUCCAACAGGGGGGUCAGAGCUGUCUGAGCCUUCAGCUGUAACAGAAACGCCUCUGCAGAGUGACAGUACCGCUGAAGUCCUGCAGGUGGCAGAAGCAUCUUAAGUUCAUAGUAUCAAGUCCUGAGAUGUUUCAGAAAGCGAUGAGGUCAAACUUGUAGAGAGGGCGGAUUUUUACUCUGAUUAUUGACGAAGGAAAGACCGACUGUAGUCACAGGAGCACCUUUGGUCCUGGUGAAGGUCUCCAGACCUUCAGACCCUCACAUGAUACCGGCAAUAAUAAAAGUUAGCUUUAACAGAACUUUGGCACUGUGGUGACAGGACUCAUCUUUGAGGGUGAGUGGGUGGAUCUGGAUCAGUCUGCUGGAUUCAGGUUUUCUGCACAUGCACCAAUCAGAGACCGUUUUCACCCUCCAGGUUGGUUCAGGUAAGCGUUGUGUAGUUUUAUCCUCUCAGUGUGAUGGUGCUGGAGAUUCAGACGGAUCAGCACUGUGGACCAGACUGAAGCUCUGAGGAUAAAUCCAUGAAGGUGAAACACUGUGUCUGGAUGUUUGGGACUUGGUAGCAUUUUAUACCUGGAAUGUCUGAAGACGAAAUCGUGCAGCAAAGUAAACAUGUGUCUCUAAAUAUGUCGGUGUUGAUGUUUUUGCUGGACACUCAGCGGGUCAGUCUGAAGUUCUGGUGUCGAUGAAGGUCAGUGUCUGAAUGUUUCCAUGUUCUGCAGAACGACAUGAAGAUUCAGUCUGCUUCAAGAGGCUUCUGACAGGAUGUCUGUCCAGACCGUCAGCCCUGUGGAGCAACUGAGUUUCAUCUCUUUGUCUUAAGAUGAGUCUCUAAACAUCUGUCUGCCCAUCCAUCCAUCCAUCCAUCCAUCCAUCCAUCCAUCCAUCCAUCCAUCCAUCCAUCCAACCAUCCAUCCAUCCAUCCAUCUUAGGGAACAUCUCCAGAUGUUUGUCCAGUCAUUAUCUUUCCUUUCACCGGGUUGCAGAUGCAGCGUAACGCAGACCUUAGUCCAGACCUUAGUCCAGACCUUGAUUGGUAUCUUUGGGAACUUCCUCAAAUACCAACUUCCAUCUACCCAUCAAUCCAUCCACUCCUCCGUUCAUCCUUUCAUCACCACUUCCUUUUCUUCUCUUUCUCCAGGACUAUGCUGCAGUCAUUACAUCUAAAGCAUCUCCAAACAUCACUCCAUCUGUUUCUUAAGUUACACAUCCAUCCAUCCAUCCCUCCAUUCAUUCAUCCAUCCAUUCAUCCCUCCAUCCCUCCAUCCAUCCAUCCCUCCAUUCAUCCAUCCCUCCAUCCCUCCAUUCAUCCAUCCAUUCAUCCCUCCAUCCCUCCAUCCAUCCAUUCAUCCCUCUUUUGACUUAAUCCAAGAUGGCAGCACACUGAACGACUUGUCUUGGAGAGUGUUUCUGAACAUCAUCGUUGUUCUUUCUGUCCGUUUAUUCAGUUAUUCAUCAAACUGUCGAUUCGUUCGUUGAUCCAAGUUCACGGUUUUCUGCAAAGUAGGGAUCCUGUGUCUCCCUCUAGUCUGGCUUCCAGUCCCAGUCCACGUUGACUGGUUUUACCCAAACAAUGAUCUUUUCCUGAACCUGUCUGAGAGGUUUGGGGUCCUAAACUUACCUGUAUCUUCACAGUCCCGACAAACUGCUUAUUACAGCGUUCCUCGUUUGUUUCAGGAAGGACCACAUUUGGUAAAACUGUUAUAUUUGGUUUCACAUGUGAAGCUUUAGAGGUCAAAGUUCAGAACAUCUUCACCAAGCAGUCCAGUUUAGUAAAACUCUGAUGUCACGUUUCCACAGCCGACCACAGAGUGGGAUCUCCACUGAGAAGGUCAGCAGUGAAACGUCUGAAGCUUCACGUUCAGAGCUGAACCCGAUACUCAGAAGAAGGAAGAUGGCGGAUGUGUGUUUGUCUUUGGUAUCUUGUGUAUCUUGUGUAGCUGUGAUAUAAUAUCAUGAUAUGCAAUUAUCUCCACGUUUGCUGUUUGUUCGGACGGACCCGUCGUUGUUUGUGUCCCACAGAUGCUGCCGUUGUCGACACUGAUGCACUUUGGUUGUCUGUUGUUUCUGCAUGAUGCUGGUGUGUCUUUAUUGUUUCCUGACGGUGACCUCUGACCUCUGAGGGGGAGGAGCUGAGCUGACUUUGCCUUGCUGCUUUGGUACCUUGAAGGACUCUUUAAACUUUACUACCUUCUGCUGUGGGUCACAUGUAUCUAAUGACCUCCGUCCGUGCAUGAAGAGCACUUCAGUGUUUAAAUGGUACCAUGUCUUCGUCAAUAUUACAUAUGCACUGUUUUAAAAUCUUACGUUGGAGGGAAGUCUUCGAAGAAAAGUCGUAGUAACCACAGAAAUAUAUUCGUCUUUCUGUUCUUCACUUAUUGGAAAGAAUGAAAACUGUAUUCGCACAAAGUAUUUAUAAGAAAAUAUGACAUCAAAUGUCAACAAUAAAGACUUUUAUACUUUGUACUUCAGUUUCGUCUGAACAGAGUCGUGUCUGUUUUGUGAAAUGAUAUGAGAUGAUGAUCCAACAAUCACGUCAACAUCGAAAACAAAGAGUGUCGCCUAAAGUUAGUAACAGCAACAUGACUUACACCCUCCAGCUGUGAGCCCACUGAAGAACAUGCUAAUGUAGCUAAGCUAGCAUGUUCCUGACGGAGGUUCCUGCCUUUUAAAGGACAUGGAGGAGAACUGAGAGUGUGUCUCUGUAGAUGUUCUGACACGCUCUACACCCCGGACCCUCUCUCUACAGAGACCAUCCUGUGAGGAUUACCAAGAGUCUCAUAAAGAACACACACACACACACAUCUGUGUGUGACACACUGCUGUGAGUUCAGAGUCUCAGCCAAUCAGGAAUCAGGGUCACACAGACCUGCUCAGAGUCACACGUGUUUCUCCCCUCAAUGAUUGUGUCUGUAAAUCUGCUCCAUCUUCUCCGUCACCUUCUGUGUCCUUCAAACACCAUCAGAAAUAAAUCUGAAGAAAACUCUCUAAAGACGAGGACGCAGGUCUCAAACUCGUCUCUGCUCUCUCUAAAGACGAGGACACAGGUCUCAAACUCGUCUCUGCUCUCUCUAAAGACGAGGACGCAGGUCUCAAACUCGUCUCUGCGCUCCUUAAAGACGAGGACACAGGUCUCAAACUCGUCUCUGCUCUCUCUAAAGACGAGGACGCAGGUCUCAAACUCGUCUCUGCUCUCCUUAAAGACGAGGACACAGGUCUCAAACUCGUCUCUGCUCUCGUCCUCCUGGACGUUUUCCAAACCGGCAGGGAAUCCCUGAACCUCCAUCUGCAGAGCUGGCAGCUCCCUCUCUCACCCCUCCUCCUCUCCUUCCUCCCCCCUCCUCAUUUGAUGUUCUGCAUUGCAGUGCCAGCUCCCCUGCCCUCUCCCCCUCCUCCCUCCUCCUCUCCUCCCUCCUCCUCUCCUCUCCUCUCCUCCUCUCCCCUCCUCU